CACCUCAACAGUCAUCCGGUAGACACAGAUGCCCGACUAUUGGAUAAACAGUUCCAGUGUACAGGCAUAGCUUACCGGAGAAAUAGCAACUUUCAGCCAUUUAACACGAGUUAUACUCAUUUUUAUGUUGCUGUUUUAAUUAAAUGUUUAAACUUUAACAGGAUAUAAACAGAAAAUAGAAAAUAGUGUUAGCUCUCUGCACUCCCAACAUUUUAAUAUUAAAAAAAAAACAUGGCGGCGGCGUCCUUGAGUAGCACACAGAGCGUGAGGCUGCUGAGCGCUUUAGCCAGGUCCGGCUCAUUAUGCAGCUCCUCUGGAAGCAGAGCCCUUCACGUCACUGCAGUGUGCAGCAAGAAUUUUGCAGCUCGUGUCCGAGUUGGAAAAGGAGACAAACCUGUGAACUAUGAGAAAGCACAUGCACCUCAUUUCAUCGGCCACCGCAAAGGAUGGCUGUCGCAGCACACCAGUAACCUGAAAGGAGAGGAGGGCGCAGCUGAACGGACCGUAGAGGACGUGUUCAUAAGGCGUUUCAUGUUCGGGACCUUCCACGGCUGCCUUGUCAAUGAGAUUGUGAUUAAAAGGCGCGGCAACAUACUGAUAGUGUGCGCUAUAAUGGUACAGAAAUUAAAUCCACUGAAGUUUUACUUCUUAAUAGGCUAUUCAGAGUCACUACUGUCACACUUGUACAAAUGCCCCGUCAAGUUAGAGGUUCAGACCCUGCAGGAUAGCGUUGUGUACAAGUACCUCUGAUGGAUGUGUACUGCUAAUACUGAAUGUUCUUCUAGAGGUAUUACACAUUUAUACAAGGCAGGGAUUCUUGUAUAAAAUGGCAACUUUCUUCCCAUCUCCAUCUUGUUUUCAAUUUCUCUCAAAUGGAUUUAUCUUUUCAAUUUUCAGUUUCAGUGAUUUUGUGAAAAAACUCAGAAUUAAAGAAAAUACAAUCA